UGCUUACCUAUGCUUUCACUGUGCUUUAUUACACUUUGCUAGGCUUUUUCUAUGGGACACUUCUAUAAUGGUCAGUGUGUUUCUUGUGCAGCAUCUUUUAAUUAUCACAUUUGUUUUACACCCAAGGGAGACCUGCUAUCAAAGUUUGAGAAGCCCUGCUUUACUCUCGGAUCCUGUACAGAUCAGAAGAGGGCUGUGGAUUAACCGAUUUCAGCUUCUAACCAGCUUAUACCUAAAUGUAACAAGCAAACAGGAACCCUUAACAGUCAUUUCUUUACACUGAAGAUUUCCUCUGGCAGUAGAAUGCAGCUGCUCAGCAGAUCGGUCGGAGUGAACAAUGCAAGUGAAAACUGCACAGUGGAGAACAUUGUGCAGCUGCCAACCACUACUGAAAAAGACUGCCCCUUGCUCUUCUAUUUAUUUCCACAAGCUAUGCCCAUAAUUUACUUCAUCCUUUGCUGUUUUGGCCUGCUAGCCAAUAUCUUUGAAGUAACCGUUUUUCUGAAAAACAUAACAUCCUGGAAAUCUUCUGGUGUUGUGAUAAUCAAUUUAGUCCUAGCAGACAUGAUAACCUUAUUUUCUUUUGUACCAUACGCGGUGUAUUUGAAUUUGAACUACAGCUGGACCAUGGGCAAGCUGAUGUGUCAGAUUACAUUAUUCAGCAUGGUGCUUGGAACCACAGCAAACACAACAUUUAUUUGUGCAAUAAGUUUAGAACGCUUUUUUGCAAUUGUGUUUCCAAUUAGGUUUUGCCAUCUUUGCACGGUAAAGAAUGCAUGUAUCUUCUCUGUGUUUCUCUGGAUCAUAGCAUCAGUCACACCUCUCGCUGUCUUAUCAAAUGUCCAGUACAAAACGCACAGAGGAAAAGACUAUUACUGUGGUAUGUUGUAUAACUUAGAGUCCGGCUUAUCUUUAUUUAUCUUCUCCAGUUUAGUUUUUAUUUUAUUUAAUGUACUUGUUCCUCUGAUUAUCAUUGUUGUGUCUUAUAUCCAGAUAUGUAAAACUCUACAGCAGUUCUAUAAGAGAAAGCGAGCACCAGGGAACAAAGAGAAAACAAUGAAACUCAUAUCAUCUGUGAUUGCUGUUUAUCUAAUCUGCUGGUUCCCUGCACAGGUGAUGAAUACACUGACUUCUAGCAUUUAUCAGAUGUUUAGAACUUGCAAAAACGUGUGUAUUCUUACACAAGUAACCAAUAGCUGCAAUGAAUUAGUGAAUUUCCUUUCUAUCCUGAAUGCUUGCAUAGAUCCUGUGAUGUAUCGACUUAAUCAUGGCUUCCCGUGCUGUUUGAAGCUGAAAAACAGAGCUGUCAGUUGUGGCUGCUGUCCACGUGCUUCCCAUCACCAGCAGCCACCUCCACUGAACUGAUCGCUUUUCACAAAAAAUCUUGAUCUACGAGGGACUGCGUAGUAACUAGACGCUCGGACUCUGCCCGUUCAGCCACGCUGCUCUUUCACUAUGCAACUCUAGUGAACGCUGCCACUGCUGCCUGGUUAAGAUCUGCCUCUUUUCUCUUGCUUUCAGUACUGAGUUGGCUCCGA